UUCAACAGCGGAGGCAGUGGCUCCUUCAGUGGAGCCAGCUGUGUGUGAUCGAAGCCAAACUUCCUUCCUUCCUUCCUUCCUCCUCUCCUCCGAGCAUGACGACGUUGAUCCUUCUCCUCCUCCUCAACUUCUUCUAUCCUCCCACAGCAACAACAGCAGCGACGGAAGCGCAGGCCCUACUCGACUGGAAAUCCAGCUUGUCUCAGCCCGACUCCCUCUCCUCCUGGUCCCUCAACUCCAGCACCCCCUGCCGGUGGCAUGGUAUCCGCUGCGGCCGCGAAGGCGAUCGAGUGGUUGAGCUGAGCCUGCCGGGCGCCAGCCUCAAUGGCACCCUCGACCACUUCGACUUCCCUUCACUGUCCCACCUCAACCGCCUCGACCUCAGUAACAACCUCCUUGUCGGACGCAUUCCGGCCGAAAUCACCGCUCUCUCCAAUAUCACCUCUUUGGACCUCAGCAGCAACUUCUUCAAUGAUUCCAUUCCGCCGGAGAUCGGGCAGCUGCAGCAUCUCCUCGACCUCCGUCUCUACAACAACAACAUUGGCGGUCAGAUCCCGUACCAGCUGAGCCAUCUGCGUAAGUUGCAUCACUUUGACCUUCAAUCCAAUUACUUGGAGACGCCGGACUACUCCGAGUUCUCUCCCAUGCCUGCUCUGACGUACCUCUCGCUGAGCCUUAAUAGCCUCGACCAGCAAUUUCCCUCCUUCAUUCUGAAUUGCACCCAAUUAGUCUACCUUGACCUGUCGCAGAACAAUUUCACAGGUUCAAUACCCGAAUCUUUGUUCACAAACUUGGAGAACCUUCAGUUCCUCAAUCUCACAAUCAAUUCCUUUCUUGGUCCUGUUCCUGAUUCCCUGGCGAAGCUGAGAUGGCUCCAAGACCUUCGUCUUGGGGCAAACAAGUUCACCGGAGAGAUACCACCCGUCCUUGGAACCAUCUCGGGUCUUCGAAUUCUUGAGUUAUACAAUAACUCGUUGGGCGGCCGAAUUCCUUCUUCUCUAGGUCAGCUUUCAUUCCUCGAACGCCUCGACUUGAAGUUUGCAGGAUUGAAUUCUACAAUUCCUCCUGAGCUGGGAAAUUGUACUCAUCUCAACUACAUUGAACUGUCGUACAAUCAACUCACCGGAGGAUUGCCACAGUCAUUCACCAAAUUAUCCGAGAUGAGGGAGUUUGGUAUCUCCAGCAACUUUCUUUCUGGGGAGAUUGUACCGAGCUUCUUCUCUAGUUGGCCUAAUCUCUUAUCAUUUCAGAUUCAGAACAACACCAUAACAGGGCAGAUUCCGCCGGAGGUUGGAUUCGCCACCAAUUUGACGCACUUGUAUCUCUUCACCAACAACAUUUCUGGUCAAAUUCCACCCGAGAUUGGGAACCUGGUUAAUUUGAUCCAGUUGGAUCUGUCGGUUAAUUUAUUGACAGGUCCUAUGCCGUCAACGAUUGGCAAUCUCCAUCAACUAACCUCCUUGGCUCUAUUCUCCAACAAUCUCUCAGGCGGAAUCCCUCCGGAGCUCGGGAACAUGACGGCAUUGGAAAUACUGGAUAUUAACACCAACCAAUUGGAGGGAGAGCUCCCCCGCAGCAUCGCACACCUUCCUAACCUCCAAUUCAUCUCCGUCUUCGACAACAAUCUCAGGGGCAGCAUACCGGAGGAACUAGGUUGGCAUGGUCUGAUUAGCACAGUCAGGUUCUCCAACAACUUCAUGUCUGGAGAAUUGCCACGCGAGUUAUGUAGAGGUUUCAUCCUCGAGGUGAUCACGGUGAACAACAACAACUUCUCUGGCGAGCUGCCAGCUUGCUUGCGCAAUUGCAGCAUGCUUUCUCGAGCCCGGUUUGAGGUGAACAACUUCAGCGGGGACAUUUCAAAAGCAUUUGGGGUGCAUCCUGAGUUGGUCUUCUUGGACCUCAGCGACAAUAACCUGACCGGUACGCUGUCACCGGAGUGGGGGCAGUGCAAGAGUCUGAGUCACUUCUAUGUCACCGGCAAUAGUAUCACCGGCAAAAUCCCGCCGGAAAUUGGCAACAUGACCAAACUAGAGGAACUUGGCUUGGCCUCCAACUAUUUUGAUGGAUAUAUCCCACCCCAACUUGGGAGCUUAUAUUCAUUGUAUAAGCUCAAUCUGAGCAACAAUCUUUUAUCAGGUUCCAUUCCUCAGCAGCUGGGAGCUAUAUCUCAUCUCGAAGAAGUCGAUCUGUCAGCUAACGACUUCACUAGUCGAGUGCCUCCCGAGCUCGGCAAUCUGCAAAGGCUUCUCUUUCUGGAUCUAAGCAAGAAUCAGCUGUCUGGAGAGAUACCAAAUGAGCUCGGCAACUUGAACUCCUUGCAGAUCCUGCUAGAUUUGAGCAGCAACUCUUUGUCAGGAGCUAUACCUUCCAAUCUUGGCAAACUCACAAAGCUGCAAAAGCUCAAUGUCUCCCACAACUAUCUCUCUGAUUCAAUUCCAUCAGCUUUGUCCGGCAUGUUCAGUUUGGAAUCCAUUGACUUCUCUUACAACAAUCUGACAGGACCAGUUCCAACUGGGACUGCUUUCAUGAACGCCACCUCUGGGGCAUAUGCCGGCAACGCAGGGCUUUGCGGCGAUGUGGCGGGUUUACUUUCUUGUAGUAACUCUUCUAGUGGCAGUUCUCACAAGGGCCACAAAAAGAGGCUCCUAAUUGCCAUUAUUGUGCCGGUGCUAGGAGUUCCGAUCUUGACCAUCGCUCUUCUGCUGGUCUUGCUGGCUUUUAGAAAGGAGGAAGAGAAGAGUGAGACAGUGAGCUCUGGCCAUUGGGCGAAAUCCGAAUCUUUGAUAUGGGAAAAGGAAGCGAAGUUCACCUUCCUCGACAUAGUGAAUGCCACGGACAACUUCAACGAGGUGUUCUGCAUCGGGAAAGGCGGCUUCGGGAGUGUCUUCAGAGCCAAGCUGUCGACCGGAGAAGUGGUGGCCGUGAAGAGAAUGCAUGUUGCUGGCUUCGGAGAUGUGCCGGAGAUCAACCGUAAGAGCUUCGAGAAUGAGAUCAGCGCUCUGACAGAGGUGAGGCACAGGAACAUAGUGAAGCUGUAUGGUUUCUGCAUGAGGAGCGGAUGCAUGUACUUGGUGUACGAGUACUUGGAAAGAGGCAGCCUGGGGAAAGUGCUGUAUGGGGAGGAAAGGAAUAGCCAGUUCGAUUGGGUGAAGAGGGUGAAGGUUUUGCAAGGGGUAGCUCAUGCUUUGGCCUACUUGCACCAUGACCGGUCGCCGCCGAUCGCGCACAGGGAUAUCUCAGUGAACAACAUCUUGUUGGAGUUUGAUUUCGAGCCUCGAAUAGCUGACUUCGGGACUGCCAAAUUGCUGUAUCCUGAUUCUUCCAAUUGGACCGGCGUUGCUGGAUCUUACGGCUACAUGGCCCCAGAAUUGGCAUACACAAUGAGAAUCACUGAGAAAUGCGAUGUGUAUAGCUUUGGAGUGGUAGCACUUGAAGUCAUGAUGGGAAAACAUCCAGGAGACCUCAUCUCUUCGUUGGCUUCCCUUUCAUCAUUGCCAGAGGGUGAUUUGUUCUUGAAAGAUGUACUUGAUCAAUGCUUGCCUUCCCCUACAGGGCAGUUAGCUGAGGAGGUGGUCUUCCUGGUGAAGGUGGCAUUUGCAUGUGUCCGAACUGAUCCUGAGUCUCGACCUUCCAUGCGAUCUGUGGCUCAGGAGAUAUCAGCUCGAACUCAGGCAUAUCUCAGUGAACCAUUCAGAACAAUCACUAUCAGUAAGUUAACUAACUAUCAAAAAUGAGAAGAAAAUAGGAAUUUCCAUUCUGCUAGGAGUUGCACGUAUAAACAAUCUCAUCUUUGAGUUACAACAUAUUAUAGGAAACCAAAUUUGUUCCGGAAGAAAGAUCCAAAGACUGUCAGAAUUUCAUGUUACUUAAUAUAUUGUUAGUGAAAGGAAUAGUAAAAUCCUAGUAAUUGAAUUGUUUUGGUUGUAUUACAUAUUGUGAUAUUUGUAAAUAAUAAGAACUGAAGUUGUUAAGGAAUUAAUUAUAUUUUGCUGC